UAUAAAGAAAUAGAGGUUCAAAGAUAAAAUACGUAAAAGUUUGUAGUGUUUCAAAGUAAUAGUAAAUGACCUUUUAUCCUUUUACUUUACACCUUUUGGAUUGGUGUCCAAAUUUCUAUUUUUUUUUUUUUUUUUUAAAUAGUGAAGACAUUGGUUUACCAAAAAUAUUAAUGCAUAAAGAAAAAAAAAAGGACGGAAAUUAAAUAAUUGUAGGCUGUUUAAAGAAAAUAGUGAGACCAAAAAGACUUUCAACUAAAUUAAAUAAUAAUAAUAAUAUUUUUUUCAGCUUUUUAUUCAAUCCCCUCUAAUUUUCCUUCGUACUACCAAACACACUUUACAAGUCACUUCCAGUAAUCAAUUCCAACACGUAUCCAAAAACAUGUUUGGUUUAUCUUCACACGUUUUCAUUUAUAAAACAAGCUCUUUUCAUCUUCCAAACAUAUUGCUUCUUAUCAUCUCAAAAAGUUAUCAGAUCACUAAGCUCAAAUCACAUGAAAGCUCCAUGAGUCCGUGACAAAGACUCGCCGCCACGUGUUCGUCAGUGAUUAGUCCACGAAUAAAGUAUUUUCAGUAUUUGCUCAUCAGACCCCAUGGCUCUGAAGAGAGUGAAAGGAAGAAGAGGUAGAAAUGGAGUUUUGGCCGGAGUUUCUUGCGAGCAGCACCGGAAAAGAGUUUGUAGCAGGAGGGUUUGGAGGCACUGCCGGAAUAAUCUCCGGUUACCCUUUAGACACUCUCCGUGUGAUGCAGCAGAACUCCUUCAACACCGCCUCCGCCUUCAGCAUCCUCAGAAAUGUGGUGGCCAAUGAAGGACCAACCGCUCUCUACCGCGGCAUGGCGGCACCUUUGGCCUCUGUUACCUUUCAGAAUGCUAUGGUUUUCCAAAUUUACGCAAUUCUUUCAAGGGCAUUUAGUUCGUCCGAUUUGGUUAACGAUCCUCCUUCUUACAAGGGUGUUGCUUUAGGAGGAUUUUGUAGCGGUGCCAUACAGAGUAUGAUACUAUCCCCUGUUGAGUUAGUUAAAAUUCGGCUUCAGUUGCAGAACACAGGUCAAUCCAUAGAAACCCGAAAAGGUCCUAUGAAGGUGGCAAAAAACAUAUGGAAAAUAGAGGGUCUUCGUGGCAUGUACCGGGGACUUGGGAUCACCAUGCUAAGAGAUGCACCAGCACAUGGUCUCUACUUUUGGACAUAUGAAUAUGCAAGGGAGAAGCUUCACCCAGGUUGUAGAAGAAGUUGUGAAGAGAGCCUGAAUACUAUGCUGGUAUCAGGAGGAUUAGCUGGGGUGGUGAGUUGGGUUUUGAGCUACCCUUUAGACGUUAUAAAAACAAGAUUGCAGGCUCAAACACUUUCUUCGCAGAAAUACAGAGGCAUUUUGGAUUGCCUUAGGAAGAGUGUUAGAGAAGAAGGAUAUGAGGUUCUAUGGAGGGGUUUAGGAACUGCAGUUGCUAGAGCUUUUGUGGUGAACGGUGCUAUAUUUUCUGCAUAUGAGAUCACUCUGAGGUGUCUGUUUGAUAAAUAACAACUGAAGCAUUUUGCUGCAAGUUUUGAUGGAGACAUAACAACCACAUACCAUAUUCGAGUAGCAGCUGUCUUCAAAAUUGACAUUCAGAUUUUAUGAUUGAUACUUUCUAUAAUUUCCAUUGUCAAGCAAUUCAUUCACAUUCAGAUCAAACAAACAAA